AGUUAUCGAUAACAGCAAGUCGAUUGCACGCAUGUUGUUUAAAAAGUGUUUUGGCAACAAGUAAUAAAGUUAAAAUUAAACGUAUAAAAUGCCCGUUGUGGACGCGGGAGACCUAGCUCUGCUGCAGGCGAAACAGCAACAGGUGCGCAACAUCUGUAUAUUGGCGCACGUGGAUCAUGGGAAGACUACGCUGGCGGAUUCCCUCGUGGCCAGCAAUGGCAUCAUUUCACAACGCAUGGCUGGCAAGCUGCGAUAUAUGGACAGUCGGCAGGAUGAACAGGAACGUGGAAUUACAAUGAAAAGUAGCAGCAUUUCGCUUUAUUAUCAGGACAACAAGAAUGCUGAUUAUUUGAUUAAUUUGAUUGAUUCCCCUGGCCAUGUGGACUUCUCUAGCGAAGUGUCCACAGCAGUUCGACUUUGUGAUGGUGCCAUUGUCGUUGUGGACGUCGUAGAAGGCGUUGGACCCCAGACACGCGCCUGUUUAAAGCAAAUCUACGAGGAGCAGUUGAAACCUGUGCUGCUGCUCAAUAAACUGGAUCGUUUGAUACUGGAGAAACAACUGACGCCACUGGAUGCAUACUUUCAUUUGACUCAAGUGCUGGAGCAAGUCAAUGCAGUGCUGGGCAGCAUCUUUGCCUCCGAUGUGCUGGCCAAAGAGGACAUCAAUGCCAAGGAUAACUACGAGUCAGCGUUGGAGCAAGUGGAUGACUCGGAGCUGUAUUUCUCACCAGCUGCUGGCAAUGUGGUCUUCUGCUCCGCCUACGAUGGCUGGGCCUUUGCCGUGGGUGAUUUUGCUGCCACAUACGCUGAGCGUCUGGAAAUGAAACGCAACGAGCUGGAGCAAGUGCUCUGGGGUGAUUACUACUACAACAGCAAGAAGAAGGCGGCUAUGCCUGGUGCCCAGGAGAAGGCAAAGAAGCCAAUGUUUGUGCAGUUUGUGCUGGAGAACAUUUGGAGCUUGUAUGAUAUUAUUGCCAUACGCAAGGAUAAGGAUAAACUGCCGCUGAUUGCCGAGAAGCUGGGACUCAAGUUGGCUGCGCGAGAUUUGCGCGUUACGGAUCCCAAGCUGCAGAUUAAAACAGUUCUGGGACAGUGGUUGCCCAUUGAUCGUAGCGUGCUCGAGAUGGUGGUGCGUCAUGUGCCACCACCGCAUCUCAUCAGCGAGGAGCGUGCUCAGCGUUUGCUGUAUCCAGCGAAUGUGGAAUUGAACACGCUGCCAGCUGCAACGUUGGAGUUAAAGGAGAGCUUCAAGAGCUGCAAUGCGAGCAGCGAGAAUGUGAUUGCCUUUGUGUCCAAGAUGACGCCAGUGCACGUCUCGCAGCUGCCACAGAAUCGUCCCAAGCGACUGACGGAUCAGGAGCUGCAGCAGCGACGCGACGAAGUUCGACGUCGCAUCGAAGAGCGCAAACAGCAGACCGAACAGACAACGCUCGACAAACUGACGGAAGGUGUGGAGCAGCUAAGCACAAAAGCUGACAAAGUAGAGGAGACUCCGGAGGAGGCGCAAGCGGAGCCUAUAGUCGAGGCCUCGGAGUACGAGUUCGUUGCCUUUGCACGUGUCUUUAGCGGCACCUUGCGCCGUGGCAUGCAACUGUAUAAUCUAACGCCCAAGCAUGAUCCGCGCCAGCCUGCGCAUCGUGUGGCCGAGACUGCGCCCUAUGCCACCAAGGUGACUGUUGGCGAUCUCUACAUGUUCAUGGGCGGCGAACUCCAGCUGCUGGAUGAAGUGCCAGCUGGCAAUAUUGUGGGCAUUGGUGGCUUGGAGGCGCACAUUGUCAAGACGGCCACGUUGAGCAGCACUUUGGAUUGUACCUCAUUCAGUGAGCUGAGCAUUAUGGCCACGCCCAUCUUGCGGGUGGCCAUUGAGCCAGUGCAGCCACAGGAUAUGCCCAAAUUGGUCAAGGGACUGAAGUUACUCAAUCAAGCGGAUGCAUGUGUGCAGGUAUCUGUGGCACCAACAGGAGAACAUGUAAUAACCACCUUGGGUGAAGUACAUGUGGAGAAGUGCGUGCACGAUUUGGAACAGAGCUAUGCCAAGAUCAAAGUGAACGUCUCCAAGCCAAUCGUGUCGUUUAGGGAAACAAUUGUGCCCGAUGCCACUGUGGAUAUGGUAAACGAAGCCAUUGUGAAGACAGCUGACGAUAAGGAUAUUACCAAGAAGAUUGCUGUGCAGCAGACGCUCAACAAACUGGGCACAUUGCGAGUGCUUGCUGUGCCGCUCCCACAGGCUGCUGUGGAGCUGCUUGAGCAGCAUGCCAACGUCUUCAAGGAACUGGCUGCCACCCAGCGUAAUACUUUAUUAUCAGAGAAGUUUAGCACCUUGCUGACUACAAUUAAAAAUCAACUGUCUGCUGCACUUGAAGAUAUACAACUACAUGGUCUAAGCAACCUAACGAGCUCUGAGCUUGUGGAGCGCAUUUGGGCGUUGGGACCACGCAACUGUGGCACAAACAUUCUACUUAAUCUUAGCGACUAUGAACAGCCGGACUUUUGGUCCACACAAACCAAGAGCUCAGACACAGAUGUGCGAAAUGUGAGCGAUGCUCGUCGAGAUUUCAAUAGCUCGCUGGUGAAUGGUUUUCAGCUGACAACAGGAGCUGGGCCACUGUGCGAGGAACCGAUGCAGGGCGUCUGCUUUGCGGUGCUCGAGUGGUCAGUGCAAUCGGAGGGCGAGGAUCUCAAUGCACGUGGGUUUGGGCCUUUCUCAGGACAAGUUUUGACGGCGGCCAAGGAGGUUUGUCGGCAGGCUUUUCAGAAUCAAGCACAGCGUCUGGUGACGCCUAUGUACAGCUGUAACAUUGUUGUUAAUGCCGAAAUGUUGGGUAAAAUGUAUGCAGUAAUUGGACGACGUCAUGGCAAAAUUCUAUCGGGUGACCUGACGCAGGGCAGCGGCAACUUUGCCGUGACCUGUCUGCUGCCGGUCAUUGAAUCGUUCAACUUUGCGCAGGAGAUGCGCAAACAGACAUCUGGCCUCGCCUGUCCCCAGCUAAUGUUCAGUCAUUGGGAGGUGAUUGAUAUUGAUCCCUUUUGGCUGCCCACAACCGAGGAGGAACUGAUGCAUUUCGGCGAGAAGGCCGACUCCGCAAACAGGGCCAAGGUCUACAUGGACAGUGUGCGACGACGCAAGGGACUCUUCGUGGACGAACAGGUGGUGGAGCAUGCCGAGAAACAGCGCACGCUCUCCAAGAACAAGUAAACUGGCAACUGAGUCUAAAGAUACGAAACAUUGUAUUGUUGAUGCUCGACACUGACUGUUAAUCUUGAUGAAUGAGAUGAUUUACAAUUGUCAUUCCUGGCAUUACACAUUAUUUGUGGAAACAAAAUGUAAUAAAAUGUUAGUGAAUAAUAAAAUAUUUUUCUACCA